AUGGAAAAAUCAGACAUGAACCUCUCUGGAUAUCGAGGUUACGACCGACAAUCGCCUCAAGAAUACCGACAAGAAUAUCGAGAAUAUCAUGUACCUCCACAGUCAUAUCGAGCAGAACAGCCUCAAGGAUAUCAUUCACGUCCACAGUCAUAUCGACAACAACCAGAACAGCCUCAAGAAUAUCAUCAACCUCGUCAACGAUAUGAUGAUAAUGACCCACCUCCAGCGUACACCGAGACGAAGGAAGACUCCGAAGCCAUCUCGAAAGCCCUGGCCUGGGUACCUCCUCCUCCUUCUUCUUCACUGACACAGCGAUACGGCGCGUACCCGCGGCUGUCACUGCCGGUCUGUAUCCCCCAGAUCCAACCGGACAACCUCAUCAGUGGGCCGAUGCCGUUCUUCCGAGCCUACCCCCCUUCGCUCCGACCACACUCGGUGGAGGUCCAAGACUUUAUGCACUUCCUGGACAGCGUCACCAUAGCCCUGGCCCCCGCGCCCCCCUUCCAGGCCGCCCAGCUCGUCAGCAACGGCAUCGGGUUCGUGCCUCACCACUGGGCCCAGGCCACCAGUGCCGCCGUCGGGUUGGUGGCGGGGAUAGGCAGCGCGGCCGUGAGCGCGGGGAGGUCGGCGGCCUUCAUGAAGAAGGUCAACGCCGCGUACUUUGAACCGAGAGGACUGAAGGCCUCGAUCAAAAAGGAUCGAGAUUUGAACGUCACGCUCGGCAGGAACCCGGACGACGCGACGAUGGGCACCACCGCCGGCGCCACGGUGGUACCGUCCAUGACCGCCGAGGCCGUCACACUGUCGGAACGUAGACUGCUCGCGUUGCAGGGUCAAAUCGCCCCCUUGUCGUUCGAGGUGCCUCCCCGCGCUCAACAACAAAACGUCAUGGACAAGCUGGCGGCCAAGGGCGUUGACAGGAAGAUCCUCAAGUCGAGAAAAAAGGGACUCAAGCAAGCUCAAAAGCAGGGGGUGCGAUUGAGUCAGGCGGAUCUCGCUUUGCUGGGGUCGGACGCGUCCAGUUCAGAUGAUUCAUCAUCGGACUCGGACCAGUCAAACACGAAGGCCCGAAAGGCCGCCAAAAAGGAGGAAAAGCGAGCGAGAAAGUUGGCGAGAAAGGAGAAAAAGGAUGCGAAGAAGAUGGCCAGGAGAGGGGGCAAGGAUGCCAAACAAGUUGCUAAACUGAAAUGGAUCGUCAUUGAGAGUAUCUAG